AUGGCAUCAAUGGAACCUGGGGUUUCCACCAUGAGGUCAUCCAUAAUGAUGUUUCUGGUCUUGGCGUGUCUCGCGCUGCACGUGACAGGUCAAGAUAAGAAGAUGUUUUGCUACUACAGCAGUGACGCCCGGUGGCGAAGCGACUACGGCCGGUUCCAUCCCAGCGACAUCGACCCCUUUCUCUGCACACACAUCAUCGUGGCCUUCGCUAAGGUGUUGCCGUGGGGUCUGGGACCCAACACUCCCGACGACGACGAACCCGAUUCCUGGAAUGCCUUAUACGCCAAGACCACUGCCCUUAAACUCCUGAACCCCCAACUGCGCGUUCUGCUAGCUGUGGGAGGAUGGAAGGAGGGAUCGAAGCCGUUUCUUCCCAUCAUCGAAAAUGAGUACACGAUGUCGAAAUGGGCCGACAGCGCUGUUUCCUACCUCAGAAAACACAACAUGGACGGAAUGGACAUGGACUGGGAGUUUCCGGGGGUCAGAGGAAGCGGUCCCUCCGACAAAUACAAGUUUACCAUUCUAAUGAAGACCAUUCAAGAAAAGUUAAGAGAGGAGGCUGAACGGACUGGGAAUGAGAAAAUGAUUCUUACUUUGGCCACUGCUGCAGGGGUUUUCUUUAUUGAUAACGCCUACGAACCAACUACAAUACACAAACAUGUAGACUAUAUGCUGCUGAUGACGUACAACUAUCAUGGAAUGUGGGAACAAAACAUCGGCCACCAUAGCAGCAUCACCCCAAGCCGCGUAGACGAGGGGGAAAGAAUGAGCCUGUGUCAGAAUUGGACAGUGCAGUACUGGUUACAACAGGACGUGCCAAAGGAGAAGCUUAUCCUGGGCCUAGCUACCUAUGGGAUGAGCUACACGCUACUGAAACCCUGGCAGACGUGGCUGGGGGCGAACGCCACUGGGGGAGGCAACGGGGGCAGAAUGACCAGAGAGAAAGGGAUCCUCGCCUACUUUGAGAUCUGUGAAAACGUCAGGUUCAACUCGUGGACGAAGGAAUGGAUCGACGAGCAGAACUCCCCGUAUGCCCAUGGAGGGAACCAGUGGGUGGGCUAUGACGACGUCAUAAGCAUAGGAAUCAAGGGGGGCGCCUUCAUCUGGUCUGUGGAGAUGGACGACUUCUCAGGAAAAGGCUGCGGACUCGGAAAGUAUCCACUGCUUACAAAAAUCUCCGAGAUAAUCCGUCCAUCCAAUGAACCGCCGAGUCCUCCAGCAGCGCCACCUAAGAAGCCAUCACCAGCCACACCCCCUCCCGUUUGGCGGCCACCGACUAGAAAGCCCCGCCCAGAGGGUGUGGUCCCUUCUAUCAACCGUAUUGGUACGUCACCCUUACUUCCAGAGUAA